AUGACCCGAGGCCGUCGCGGUGGAUCCAUCAUAAAGACGCUCUUCACCGACGCAGCGGCCAAGGCGGCCAACAACAAGGGGAAGGAGAAGGACGUCGAUGACGUCGACGACUUCACAUCUGACAAAGAGGUUCAACUCGCCGACACCAGCACUACGCUCGACGACGAGACAGUUCCAUCACCACUGGCAACCAAGAAGCCCGGCAGCGUUGCGGCCACACCGUCGCCCUCUGGAGGCGCCGCCGCGCGGCUCGGCGGCCGGCCCAGUCCUUCGCUGUUCGAACCGCCGCGCAACGCGUGGCUCCGCACACCUUCGCCGAUGCAAACGAUGGACGGCAAGGACGUGAUAGCCCUGCGGGUCCGCAAGAAGCCGCUGCCGCUCGCCCAGCAGAACCUCAAGAAGCGCGCGCGCGAGCUGGGCAUGAGCCCGCUUGCCACCUCGUCGCCUUCAUCAUCGGCCGCCGUGACGUCGUCAUCGUCAUCGCCAGCUGCGGCCAAGAAAGAAGCGGCCUCGCCGUGCCAGGAGCUGCUGGUCACCGAAGACGACGAGCCCAUCGUCUUCCACAUGGACCUCGCCGACGAGGUCUCGCCCGGCGUCACGGCCGCCUUUGAUAUCGAGGACUUGCGGGAGGAGCUCGAGAGGUCGCGUCACGAGGAAAUGGCAGACGACGAUGAAGGUGGGGAGGAGGAAGAGCGGCGCACGCAGGCGAGCGCCAUCAUGGCUGAGGAGCAGGUGGUGAUGGUGGGGGAGCGGCGCACGCAGCUGGUGGACGAGCCGGAGCAGCUGCAGAUGAAGCCGAAGCCCAGCCCUGCCAACAGGGCGCUGACACCCUCCGCACAAGCCUUGGGCAGCUUCCCCACCCGAUCCGGCAGCUGGUUCACGCUCGGCAGCGGCCUCUCCGAAGCCGAGACCGUCCUUCCCGCGCCUGGAGCCAAGCUGAGCGAGCGUCGGUUUUUGGCCUCCAACCAGGUGAACCUCGGCAGCAAUCACGAGAGCGACGUAGAGCGGCGCUCCUUCGCCCGAGUGUCCAUGGAAAUAGUGCGCAGCGCACUGCAGGAGCUCAACGAAGAGAGGAAUGGCAAAGAUGAUGGUGGCGAAGAGGAGGAAGAACAGAAGGUGACAGCACCGCCGUCGCCGUCGCGUGGUGGCCAGGAGGAGGCGGCGAAGAAGAGCUCUUCUGGCGACAAGGCCAACACCUCGCCGACGAGCGGCCGACGCAGCCGUAUCAUCGAGCGGGAGGAGCGGCUGCGGCAGAUUGACCUCGAGCGCGAGAAGAUCAAGCGCCGCCGCAUGGAGAGGCAGAGCCGAAGGCGCGAGAGCGAUCUGGGCUCCGUCGCCCGAGCCAAGCCGGACAACGCCGCCGCCGACACGAGUGCGAGCACCAGCACCAGUACAAGCACCACCAGCACCACCGACCAGCUUAGCUCCGAGCUCCGGCAGUCGGCGCCGGUGUCGGUCGGCGAGCGAAGAAGGAACAGGGUCACCACGCCGCCGUCGUCGCCGCGUCGCGAAGUGCUCGCCGAUAUCACUACAACCACCCGGCCGUCAUCGCCGCCGUCAGCGACGUCGACAUCGACUACGGCCUCGCCGCGCCGCAAGAAAGGUAGCCCGAUCGUGCCCCGGCUGGACAUCGCCAAGACCAGGGAGGCCGCCGCCAAGGCGCCCGGCCCGAACUCGCCCACCAGCCCGUCGCUGCUCCGCAACUCCUCCCGUGUGCCGCCCGCGGCCAGUGGCGCCGUCGCCACCGCCGCCGAUCUCCGGCGGCAGCUCCGGGAGCGGAGCUCGCGGCGGGUGGUCACCGUCCCGCAGCCCUCCACCCUCUCCCUCUCCAUCCGGGAGCGGCUCCAGCACGACGCCCUCCAUCGCGCGCGGACCACCGCCGCAGCUUCGCGUCAGCCAUCGCCAUCGCCCGCGCCGACGCCCAAGCCGACGCCGACGGCUGCGACGGCUGCCCAGGACAAGGCCCAGCCCCGACGGCGACGAGAACCGUCGCCGAUGGUGGUGAAGAAGCCGGCCACGGCGGCCAAGGAAAAGGAAAAGAAGCAGAAGGAGGACGAAAAGAAGAAGCCAGUGAUCGCUGACGCUGGUGGCGAUGCGUCGGUGGCGGCGGCGGCCGCCGGGUGCGAGACGGUGCUGGCCUACUCGAGCCUGAAGGAGCGGAAGAUCGUGGAUGCCUUCCUGGAGGUCAUCGCCAAGGAGAAGCGGGAGCGGGAGGAGCGCGAGCAGGCCGAGAAGAAGGGCCGCGGCUGCGUGUUGCCCUACCCGAUCCCCGCGCCCGGCUCGCCGUCAUCGUCGUUCAUCAUCAUGCCCUCGCCGCCCAAGCGCAAGAGCCUGUCGCCGGGCGACGAGGCCAUGCCGGCGUCGGCUUCGACCUCGACGACUUCUUCUGGUUCGCCGCCGAAGAAGCGAAAAUUGGAGAACGGCGAAAGUGCUUCGUCGGUCGAUGACAGCAGCAGCAGCAGCAAGGAGAACGUGGCCAGUGCCCUCAACAGCCCGCACGGCAAGCCCACCCUACAACGAUCAACUUCGAAGGAGACGUGGCGCGGCGAAGGAGAGGGCACGCUGCGAGCCCGGCAGCACAAGGAGCGCGAGGACGUGCACCGGCUCUACGGGCUCGACGCCGAACUGGCCCGCAAGUCGCAGGAGAAGCUCAAGCCCGACACCGUGCGGGAGGCCAUCGUGUGGGUCUACAAGGCGGCCCGAGGCAACACCAAGGGCUCGGUCCUCAUGCCCUCCUCCUCCCGCGGAGUGGCGGGCCUCUUCGAUUGCCUCAAGUCGGGUCGGUUGCUGUGCGAGGUGGCCAACAAGGUCCGGCCGGGCAUCAUCCCCAAGAUCCACAUCCGGCCCAUCCCCCUCAUGGAACAGGAGAACAUCAAGAUGUACCUGGCGGCGUGCGAGCGCAUGGGGAUGCGGAAGGCCGACCUGUUCGUGGUGAGCGACCUCUACGAGGAGAAGUACCUGCCCGCCGUGCUCCAGAACAUCAUCUGCCUGUCGCGCCUCGCCUCGGCCUCGUCCACCUUUGCCGGCCCUCAUCUUCGCAUGUGA